UGAAGAAAUUUUCAUAAAGAAAAUUAUAUAACAAUCACAUUAUGGAACAAAUUGCACGACAUUUACUUGUUAUUGGUAUCCAUUUGCACUGUUUCCAUCUGAUAAGUACGUUCAAGACUGUCAAUGACAGUCAAAUAUGACUGUCAUAUUUUCACAUAUCGCGCUAAUUGCGGUACUUAUACACGCUCAUUACGAUUAAAAUAGCUAAAACAAUAUCGCGCAAUCGAUUCUUAAGCAACAACAUGCAACAUAAUUUAAAGAGAAAGAUAUUAGUCCGCAUCAAGUGCUUUAUCUUUUAACUGAUAACUUUAUCGUUAUGUAAACACGAGAUUAUUUAUAUCUGUUUAUAAACUAUGAUUAUAAAAUUUCGGAAUUUUUUCCAGUUUGCAGUAUUUAUCUUGUGCAAAAUUCGUGAACAGAGAUAUUAUUUAAAUUUAUGUUACCGUUAAUUUGUUACACUCGAUGCGGACUAAUAUCUUUUUCUUUAAAUCAAUUAUGUUGUUGUUUAAGAAUCAAUUGCGCGAUAUUUUUUUAAGCUAUUUUAGUCGUAACGAGCGUGUAUAAGUAGCGCGAUUUCACGGUAAGACUCUUCCAUUUUACACAAUAGUGAAGAUACCGAUACAAUGCGAUGAGAACUAUAACUCUAUAUUUAAUGCAUUGCCUACCAGCUGGUCGCGAACAAUUCCACGGUAUGCAUUUUGACGAACUGUUUUUUUGUCCUCUCUGAGAAAAUAACAUCCCUGGCUCACGUAGCAUAUACUUAGUACUUAUGAUAAUAAGAAGAACAAAAAUGUCAGUGGUCAGCAAGUAAGUUCUCUUGCAUCGAAAUAAAGGAACACGGUAAUUAAGGUCAUCGGAGAUCUAAACUCAAUAAUUACCGCCAACGAGGACUGUCAUUACAACAAGUCUCUAGAUAUUUUCGGAUGAAUGCUCAUACGAUAUUACGUACCGACGUUAUAGUCGGUAAAAUUAAAUAUGCAGCGCUGGCUUAUCAAUAUUGCAGUACUAACAAGAUAGUCAAUACUCUUCACGUGAUCGGCACAUCCUCCUGUUUAGUCGAAAAAGUUUUCCUUGUACCUGGGACAACAUGUUUGCGAACAGUCUGCUGUAAACAUCCGGACACACUCGAAGCCGAGCGCAUUAUGAAGACAACUGAGUUCGCUCGAGCGUCAAACAUAGUAAUUUGGAACAGAUGGUUUUUGAGACUUUUAGGUCUGUGGCCGAUCAGAGUGAAUCAGCCCGUGUUCGUAUUUUUCGUCAUAUACUCCAUAAGUAUCUGGAUCAUGGAGAUGUGCUACCUGUUCGAAUGCGACACACUAGAGUGCGUCGUCACGAAUUUAUCGGAGAACAUUUUAUUUCUGAUACUAACCGGAAAGAUAGUGGUGAUGAGACUAGGCUGCGAUAUAAUGAGCAAAUUUCUGAAAAUCAUCGAAAGUGAUUUGACGACCGAGGCCUAUCACAACGUACAAGAGAAGACCGUGUACUUACGGUACAACGAGAUCGGGCUGAAAUUCAUCAAGAUUUCGAUGGGUAACACAAUGGUGGCGGCUAUAAUAUAUUACUUGCGAACAUUCUUGGAAAAUUGGAAUGCAAUGACGUCUGGUUCCAAUUUCUCAUACGAAUUGCCGUAUCGCGUAAUUCCCUUCAUUGAGAUCAACGAUAUGUUCACCUAUACGUGCUUCUGCAUCUAUCUGAUGAUUGCUCUUCUGACAAUAACCUGCGGUUAUUCAGGACCAGAUACUUUCGUAAUCAGCAUGACGCUUCAUAUCUGCGGCCAGUUAGCCGCGUUAUCGUGCAGAAUCGAUAGUUUGUUAAAAAAUCACGACAAUUAUCGGUAUCACUUAAGUAUCAUCGUACACAGACAUCUUCAGUUAAUAACAUUAGCGGAACAAUUGGAGAAUACUUUCAACUUGAUAUUUUUUGCGCAAAGUUUGGGCAGUACAGUCUUACUAUGUUUAACCUUGUACAUGGCUGUGAAUCCGGCUUCUAGCGAAGAUAAAGAAGUCAGUACUGUUAUAAGUUAUACAUUGUACAUAUUCUGCCUACUUAUAACAAUCUGGUCAUAUUGCUAUACAGGAGAAUGUCUCAUUACCGAGAGUACUGGAGUGCGUGAUGCAUUUUACAAGUCGGAUUGGUAUAAUCAUUCGCCAAUGCAAUCACGGUUAAUCAGAACGUGCAUGAUUCGAGCUGAAAAACCAGCAAUAUUGACUAUGGGUAAAUUUUGCGUGUUAUCAUUAAACACAUUUACAAACUUAAUAAAAACGUCGAUGGCGUAUCUAUCCAUGUUAAGAAAUUUUUCGUAAAACGAUGUUUUAGCUUGAAAAUUUGAUAAAAAUCUAUAUAUCAAUAACAAUU